CCAUAGGGCCCAAACCUGCUAGCAGCGCCCCUGGCUGUGGGAGGGAUUUGUUGAGUCAGAAAAGUAGUUUGGUGCUGAAGUGUUGUCUUCGCUGUCAUGGAGCCUGAGAGCAGGAAUCACCAUCUUGGAUCCGUGUGGCGCUGCGUCUUCCUGCUGAGUCUCCACCUGAAGUUUGGUCUGACGGGAGACUGCCCUGCAGAUGGACGCACCUGGGUGCCCCUUCAAGACAGAUGUUACCACUUUGUUCACGGGGAGGAGGACAAAAUCAAAAGCUACACUUUUGAGAGAGCAAAAUCUCUCUGCCAAGGUUUCGAGCUUCUGACCAUACAAAGUGCGGAGGAGAAUGACUUUGUCAUUAAAUAUAGCCCAGAGGUGUGGAAAGGCAAUGUCAACGUGUGGCUGGGAAUGUAUUAUGACACAAGCAGUGAGGACAUGAGGUGGUUCGGCGAGGACCCCGUGGGAUUCACUAACUGGGAGGACAGCUCGUCUCCGUCAGACCUCGUGCCCCUGGACACGUGCGUGACCCUGCACAGCAACACGGGAAAGUGGGAAAAUGUCAGCUGCCUGGAUGAGGUGGAGAACGGUGUGAUCUGUGAGAUCCUUCAGACAGAGGAAGCCAAGCAGAAACCCAGCGCGCUGCUGUCGGCCCUGGUCAUUCUCAGCGUAGUGGCUAUCAUGGGAGUCUCAGCGGUUAUUUGGUUCCUGCACCAGAAGCACAAUCUUGGCACCACCCUCUUCACGGCAUUCGAGUACCACCCUCCGUUCCGAGUCCUGGAGACGGACCAGUCGUGCCUGGUGGAGGCUGAGGAGAACGACAGUGUGCCGUAGAACAACUCCCCCUUCUCACUGGGUGGGUGUUCAUGCGGAGAGAAUUCCACUCUUACAGCAGUUACUGAGGCUACAUCCAUACUAAUAUGUUUUAGUUGUAAAAAAAGGACGAAAAUCUCCGUCCAGACUUGUGCUUUAGCUCCGAAUCAGAAAUAAUCUCCAUCCACCUGAAAAUACAUAUCACAUGACCAAUCGUGUACACCGGGCAUGUGCGUGCCAGUGUAAACAGGAAUCAGAUUGUAGACUCUGCAGUUGGUUGCUUAGUUGCAGCAAAUAUUUUUGAAUGAGAAACAGCAAUGGUGAAAUUGGGAUAUGUUUUCUUGGACCGACCAUGAGGUGGAACAAGUCUUCACUUACAUGAGUACAUGUAAACAUCUUUCUGUUUCUGCCCGUCCAUACUAAAAGACAGCCCAGGAGUUUUCAAACUAAAAUGGGGCCAGAAGUGUUUUCAAACUUCUCCGUUUUGGGCACUUGAAAACACUGCAGUCAUGUGGUCGCCAAGGCCUAAACAUAGCAUCAGUGGUGCUUUCUUAAAACUAAAACGUUGUUGUGUGGAUGAAGCCUGAGGCAGUAUUUUUGGGGGAGUGUCAUGUCUGUGUCCCGACUGAAUAAUUUAGUGUGAUUGUGAGAAAACUGACCAGGAUACUUUUGAUACUAACUUCUUCACAUAAAUAUGUCACUGUGUCUGCUUUUUUUUGUCGUCUGCACUAACGGACACUCGCUAGAAUCAGAUGUUAAUUUCUUCAGAUUGAUUCAUUUUCAUCAGCAGCUGUAGCUCGAAUUUAACAUCACCCGUCACACUAGGUUAACAUCAAGCGCUACAUUGCCUGUGGAAAAUAACUUGUUGCGUAUAAAAAUAGGAAUGGAUUAAUGUAAGAGCCAAGCGUUGACACUUUUUGUGAGUAGACAUUUUCUGUUAAAGUAAAAAAAGUAUUAUCUUCAGAUUAAGUUGGGAUAUUCUGACUCAUAUUCCUCAGUAUUGAUUGAAGCUCAUGAAUGCUGCAUUCUUCUGUACAUUAGCAUGUUUUCUCUGUUAUAAAUGUAUUGUCUUUAAGCCUGAGCUGAAAUAACCCUGAUCACAUCACCGGGGUCAUUUUAUCAGACAUCAUACAGCUUCCUCCAGAGACAUGAUGUGAGGACUCAACGGUAGAACUUCAGUUGUUUCCCUUCAUGUAGUGUUCAUAGAAACAGGAAUCUUCAAUCACAAGGUUUUAAAAAUGCACAUGUACAUAGUGGGAUCAGAACGAGAGCCCAGUGAUCAGUUGCCUGGUUACAUGUAUGUAAAUGAGCCAAUGAGGUGGAGUCUGUAAAGCCGAUUUUCUUUUUUGUCCAGGUAUCCUAUUUACAUUGAAAACCUUCCUAAAUAAAUACAGAGACGUCCUGACCAAUUUCCAUGCAUUGUAAUUAAGUGGACUGAAAGAUUUCUACCAACUUGUUAUGAUGGUUUACAAUCUUUCUGCCUCCUCCAUGUUGGGAUGAGAUGAAAGAACAUAAUCAAUAAGUAUAAAACUGUCAUUCCAGAAUAUUUCAGUGUGAUUAUCAUGUUGAUAAUCUAUAUCCACACUUUGAUCUGAUUUGUGUCUGUUUAAGUGAACAGAUGUUACAGUAUGUAACAUACAGCAUUGUCAUUGUUUAAUUUUAUAAGAGAGUGGUCAUGAUUUUGAUGUAAAUGGAAAUAAUCAUCCUGUGACAUUAAAGACAAUCAAGACUUGGCUCUAUAUGAUGGGUAUAUUGCAGAAUAAUGGCAAAUAUCCCUCUUAAUACUUUUAAUGACAACAGCAUGAACGCUACUGUGCAAUAUCUGGCAUUAAUUUGGCAGAAUCUGAGCCCCUGUGUGCUUUUCAUAAUAAAGUAUGUUUGAGUAGAA